AUGCCAACAGUGGGGCAAGUGCAACCUCAGCUGCCUCCACCACUGUUAACUUCUCCGCAGUUUUCUUUCUUGUCUGUGCUUGAUUUAUCGGAUAUUCCGAAUCUAAGGAGUUUGGCAUUAAUGUCUGAUUUAUCGUCUAGAAUUCGCAGUCAGAUUGAAUAUUAUUUCAGCGAUGAAAAUCUGGUGAGAGAUCACCACUUGAAAUUUCUCAUGGAUAAUCAAGGAUGGGUUGAUGUCUUCCCCAUAGUAGAAUUUAGACGAAUUAAAGGGAUGACCGAUGAUAUAAGCUUGAUAUUGCGUUCGAUGGUAUCAUCAAGAACCGUCGAGGUGCAGGUUUGCAGAUUAAGGAAACGUCAGGGAUGGGAGAGGUGGAUUAAGAAGACUCGAGAUACCAUUAGCGAUAUGUUUGAAAAAUGGGAACAUUGA